AUAUCUGUUAGGGAUGUAAGCUCCAAUAACAUUGAAGGUGAAAUUCCUUAUGGCUUACCACCCAAUGUCACUCAUGUAAAUAUGGCGUGCAACAGGUUCAUAAAAAAUAUACCCCACUCGUUAUCUUUCUUGACAAAUCUAAGGCAUUUGAAUCUAAGCCACAACCUCUUGUCUGGACCUAUUGGCGAUGUGUUUACUAGAUUGCAGAGCCUGAAAACAAUGGAUCUAUCGAACAAUAAGUUCACCGGAGAUCUACCGAAAUCUUUCGGAUCACUGACUAAUCUUACUGAACUGUUCUUGGAAAAUAACAACUUCACUGGAUCAGUGGUAUAUUUGGCUGAGCUUCCGCUAAUUACCUGCAUUAAGCGAUCUAAUGCGAAAAAGCUAGAAAGCUUGGACAGCAGCGUUAGCACGCAUCAUUCUCAUAUAAUCAGUCCUAGUAUUGACUUUUCCACUGCUGCACAAACCGCAAGUCCACCAUUCGCCAAUAUCAGCAGUGCAUUCAAUCUGGCCUCAAGGCGAAAUCCAACAGUACUUCUGACCAAUACUGAGAAUACAGCUAGAAGAAAAAGCAGCUUCGCAGGAGAACUCAAAUUUUCUACGAAUCCAAAAGAGUAUACAGUGGCAGAGCUUCAAUUAGCUACCAACAGCUUCAGUGAAGAAAACCUUCUUGGAGAGGGAUCUCUUGGUCCUGUUUACAAAGCUGAGUUCCCUGAUGGCCAAGCUUUUGCUGUGAAAGUCAUCAACAUGGCAUCUUUGUCGUUCGAUGAAGAAGAGAAAUUUAUGGAUGUCAUUCAGAUGGCAUCACAACUUAGGCAUCCUAAUAUCGUGAGACUUAUCGGCUACUGUGUAGAACAUGAUCAGCAUGUUGUGGUGUAUGAAUAUGUGAGAAACUUGUCUCUUGAAGAUGCUUUGCACAAUGAAGUCUUCAAGCCACUGUCCUGGGGGCUACGUCUUGGUAUUGCUCUUGGUAUUGCUCGGGCUUUGGACUAUUUGCACUCUGCAUUCCAUCCGCCAGCUUCUCAUAGCAACAUAAAGGCUGCCAACAUCUUGCUCGACGAAAAACUAACACCUCGCGUGUGUGACUGUGGUUUAUCAGUUCUGAGACCGCUUACAAGCAAUUCUGCUAAAACUAAGGCUUCGGAAAUCGCUAUCAUGAACACCGGUUACAUUGCACCUGAACACGGGCAGCCAGGGAAUGAUAACACAAAGAGUGAUGUGUACGCCUUUGGAGUGUUGCUUUUGGAGUUAUUAACAGCAAGACGACCAUUGGACAGUUCAAAACCUCGAGAUGAGCAAUCUUUGGUGGAGUGGGCUUCAUUCCGUCUUCAUGAUAGUGAGUCUUUGCAACAGAUGGUUGAUCCUGGCAUUAGAAGAACAUUCCCUGCCAGGUUUCUCUCCGGUUUUGCAGACAUUGUGUCCUUGUGUAUUCAGCCCGAGAAAGAAUUCCGACCAUGCAUGUCCGAAAUCGUGGAAGCUCUGGCGCUUCUAUCGCAAAAGAUGGGGACGACAAAGAGCAACACAGCAGUGGGUGGAACUGAAGUUGAACCGCUACUCGACAGAUCUUUCAGGUCAACUCAAACUUGCUUCGUGGGCUCCCCAACGGCUAGCUUGGCCAUUGAUGGUACAUAG